AUGUCGGCUAAGUCACCUGUUGUCAAAAAAACGAUAAGUGGAGGAAAAGGAAAGAUAUCUGAAUAUUCUGAUGGAACGAAAGCUGUUUUUCAUUAUCAAACACUUUUUCCAAUAGAAAAACCGGGAAAGGGAGAACCGAUGCCAGCCGAAAAAGAUGCUUAUCGUUGCAUCGAUGAUACUCGCAAAUCGUGGCCCGAUGGAUAUGGAAAACCACUGGAAGUCGUUUUCGGCAAAAAGUUUCAAUUGCCGGUUUUCGAAGAAUGCCUGAAAACAAUGCUUGUCGACGAAAUUUCUCAGUUUGAUGUCGAAUGUAUCGAUCUUAUUCAAUAUCCAUUUGUGUCCAAAAAAUUGAGAGAUAUCGUGAAACCAUGUGAUGGAAAGCAUGACCAUGGUCACACAACUCACAUGUGUGCUGCUAGCGUUGCUCAAGGAACUGGAUAUGAUGAACUGGAUGAUUUAAUGAAGAAUCCCCGACCUCUUCGAUUUGUUUUUCAUCUUCUUGAAGUAUUUGAGCCAGAUCAGUAUGAACAUGAUUCGUGGCAAUUGGAUGAGGAAGACAAGUUGAAAUCGGUUGAAGCUCUCCGACAGAAAGGAAACGAACUAUUUGUAAAAAAAGACUACAAAGAAGCGAUUGAUGCUUAUCGUGAUGCACUGACACGAUUGGAUACUUUGAUUCUCAGAGAGAAACCAGGAGAACCUGAAUGGGUUCAACUUGAUAGAAAGAACAUUCCAUUAUACGCAAAUAUGUCUCAAUGUUAUCUCAAUAUUGGUGAUCUUCAUGAAGCAGAGGAAACAUCAAGUGAAGUCCUAAAACGUGAAGAAACCAACGAAAAGGCGCUGUUUCGUCGUGCGAAAGCCCGCAUUGCCGCGUGGAAAUUAGACGAAGCAGAGGAAGACCUCAAACUGCUGCUGCGCAACCAUCCAGCUGCAGCCAGUAUUGUUGCUCGAGAAAUGAAAAUUGUGACCGAAAGACGAGCAGAAAAGAAAGAGGAUUCGCGUGUUACCUACUCAAAAAUGUUCAAACAAUAA